AUGAAAGGUUAAUUAGAAGAAGAAGAUAUAAUGUGCAUAGUUUGCCAAGAGGUACCUUCAAAUGCCCAUACUUCUUCAUGCUGUGGAUGCGUUCUAUGCGAAGAUUGCACAAGUUUGACAUUAAGAAGCUCAAAAUUUUGCCCACAUUGCAGAAAUUAAAAUCCUAAAUUUGAAAAAAAUAUGUAUCUCAUAAAGCUAAUAAAUAAAUUUCCUGUAAUCUGCAAAUAUGAAUGUGGUCACGUUUCAUAAGUAUCAGAUAUCAAAAACCACUACAAAAAUUGUCCAAAAAAAAUGUAUUCAUGCUCUGUUUGCGAAUAUUAAGGAAAGCAAUAAGAUUUUUUCAACCAUAUUACAAGUGUUCACAAAGAUGAAAUAAUGUAGAAAUUUGACAAAUCUAUAGAAGAAUAAUCAAGGACCCCUAGCAUUUCUGUACAGAAAAUUGAUCCUUUGUUAGAAGUAAAGAAUUCAAAGGGAGAUAUAUGUCAUAUUGGAAGGACUUCUAAGUUCUUUUGUGGUAAAACUGUAGGACACAGGUGUAAUACUUGUGAUGGAUAAUGUGGUCCUGAUGAUGGAUGCAAUUGUCCUCCGUGUAUGGAACUAGACUUAAAGUAUAGAAAUUUGUAAGGUAAGAAUGCUCUGGUAAAUGCAGAAGGAAAAGUAGCAUUUCUCUCAAAGGGAUCUUUUUAUUGUGGUACAUUGAAUGAUUCUUAUGGUAAAUGCGGAUAAAUUGGUUAUAAGUGCCGUUUUUGCACAUCCUUAACAAGCGAUCUACCCUAUUACAAACACUUACUAUAAUGA